UGAAAACCGAGGACAUGGACUGUUUCUACCGUGACUAGAGGAAGUUUUCAUGAACCGAUCAACAGCAACAAGCAUGGCUGGGAAUCCUUUCCGGGCCACCUUUAUCUGGAGCAGCAUCAUCUCCAAUCUCAACUCUCGGGUGGAGGUCAAGCGCCGGCGGCACAACCUCAAGUCCUACCCUGACUGCUUCCUGGGCUCAGAGGCCGUGGACGUGGUGCUGGCACACAUCACGCUGAGCCGUUUCUUCGGUGAUGAGGAGGUGCCGCGCUACAAGGCCGUCCGUCUCUGUCAGGCCCUCAUGGACUCCAGGGCGUUUGAGCCUGUGGGCAUUAAAGUAUUUGGGAAGGAAAAGAAGACAGCCACAUUUGAGGACAGUAGCUGCAGUUUGUACAGGUUCCUGAGCCCGGCAAACGUCUCUCCAUCGUCUCUGACCAACACCAACUCUUACUCCACCAGCACCAUCGAGAGCGGGUAUGACUCACCGGGCAUGAACAGGAACAAGAACAGUCCAUCGCGUGAACGACUAGAGGUGCAGAGCUACUCCACCCACUCGCCUGUAAAAUCAGACAAAUCACUGGAGGACGUGCUGGAAAACCUCAACCUCAGCUCCACCAUCACCCCUCAGAUGAUCAACCUCGGCCUCUCACAAGAGCUUGUUGAUGAGGUGUGGCAGCAGCAGGCGGUGUUCAGGCUGCUGCAGCUAAUAGAGCUCCCUCUGUUGGAGAAGCUGUUGGAUGGUAAAGAAGCAUCGAGGCCUCCCCUGCACAGCAUGGACAGCGACCCCGACCUGUUGUACACAUCCAGCUACCUCGACCGAGAAGUUCUCAAGGCCUUCAGUGAAGCACAGGAUGAUGAGUGGCUGUCCGGAGCGGUGGACUGUCUGGAGUUCCUUCCCGAUGAUCUGGUGGUGGAGGUCAGUCGAGGUUUGGCCGGGUGUGCCGAUGACCUGCUGCGGUGUAAGAGUCUGCUCUACGAGGUCUUGGUUCAGCAUUACAGAAACACGCAGCAGCCUCCUCUGCUCAGCAACCACGUGUUCGACAUCCACUCCGGCAUCUCGGAGCUACUCGUGAAUGGCAAGCAGGAGCAGGCUCUGGAGGCUCUGCAGCUGAGCCUGAAGCUGCAGGACUCUCGCAGCAGGGAGGAGCUGCGCCGGCUCCUGAGAUUCAUGGCUGUCGCAGCCAAAUCCCAGGAGGUCAAACUGCACAAAGAGAUUGAGAACAGAAUGGCGGUGAAAAGGUCUUUCUCGAGUGCCAUCGUCUACAGCAGAAGACUCUCCAAAGGAAAGGUGGCCUUGAUGGUUCUGUUCAUGAUGGAUAAGCACUGCGAUCUGUUCAAGAUUCCUGUUUCAUUACACAAAAUGGUCAGUGACAGAAUAAUAAAUAUUGUAAAAGGCAAGGAUCCAGAAGUGACAACAGGAUCGUCACACUGCACAAGAGUGAGCGCUAUGGCCUACUCGGAAAAUGCACAAAAAACCACUAAAGAGGAACUUUGGUCCUUACUCCGCACUGUCCACGAGAACCCACAACUCUCCAGUAAAGAAAAGAGACGGCUGCUUGGACAGUUUUACAAAGGCCACCCUGAGCUUUUUGUUCAGUACUUUGGAAAUAGAUUGUCCAGUGUCAACAUGUUGCUAAAGUGAUAUUUGUCAGUUUAACAAUUUAUGUAUAAUUAUGUAAAAAAUACGUACAUGAAAGAAGCUAAUGUGAUUUAAAUGACAUGCAGAUGUGCAGUUAGUAAGUGGAUUAUAUUUGCUAAUAUGUAAAUAGUUUAGACUACUGAAAAAAAUGUGAAUUUUCAAAUGUGGAGACUCGCAAUAAGCUACGACAAUUAAGGACAUAUUUCAUUUCUUAGAUAUUUUCUUUGGUGCAGGACACUAACAUGAAAUGUCCUUGUCAGUUAUUUAUGUGUCUGCAGUGUGUCUUGAUGGCAUUCAGGCUGCAUAUAUCCCUUUUAAAUGGAUGUAUUCUGUGUGUUAUAGUGCAAUAGGAACAGUCUUAGCAUACAGAUGUUCUGUUCAUGUGGUUUCUCAUACACAAUGUGAUGCACAGUAGAGUUAUGUCUCAAACGGAAAUUUGAACCUGGAAAUUUGAAAGUCUGAUGUUAUUCUAUAGCAAAAAGUCAGAGGCAUUUAUGUGAAUCAGCCCUCUGGGUUUAUGUGUUGCAACUCUCAGAAAAACAGAUGUUUGUAUUUUUUAUUUUUUUAUUUAAACCUUAUCCACGUUUUAGUGGUAUCUUUAGGGUUCUGUUUUGACAAAGGUUUAUGUAUUCCUUAUAAUAAGAUGAGGAAAUGACUUCCACAUUUCCAAGUGACGAACUCAUCCCCAGACUAAGUUUUAAACCACUCACAUCUUGUUUGUAUUUUGGAAAAUCUUAAUAAAAUGCAUCUAGAAUUGUCAAA